AUGGGCCUGACUCCAGACAGACUUGGUCCUCCAUCGCAUGACACCAGUCCAGUGAGCCCAGAAGCCACCACACCAGGAGCUCAGUCUCCAUCUCACCUGCACUACCACAGCCAGGCCCAGCACCGGCGUUUCUCCAUGGAAGAUGUGAGUAAGCACAUGUCUCUGCCCAUGGACAUCCACCUGCCUCCAGAGUUUCUGAAGAAGCUGCAGCAGGAAAGUGAGAACUCUCCUCUCUGCAAACCUCUCAGCCGCUCAUCUCGACGUGCUUCACUCUCUGACAUAGGAUUUGGAAAACUGGAGACGUAUGUGAAGCUUGGAAAACUUGGUGAGGGGACGUAUGCCACGGUGUUUAAAGGAAGGAGCAAACUAACAGAGAAUCUGGUUGCAUUAAAGGAGAUUCGGCUGGAACAUGAGGAGGGGGCACCAUGCACAGCCAUCAGAGAGGUAUCCUUACUGAAGAAUCUCAAACAUGCCAACAUUGUCACCCUACAUGACAUCAUCCACACUGACCGCUGUCUCACCCUGGUGUUUGAGUAUCUGGACAGUGACCUUAAACAUUACAUGGACAGUUGUGGAAAUCUCAUGAGCAUGCAUAAUGUAAAGAUCUUCAUGUUCCAGCUGCUGCGUGGUUUAUCCUACUGCCACAAAAGAAAAAUCCUCCACAGAGAUCUGAAACCUCAGAAUCUGCUCAUCAAUGACCGGGGCGAGCUCAAACUGGCUGAUUUUGGUCUGGCACGGGCCAAGUCUGUUCCCACAAAGACCUACUCCAACGAGGUGGUGACUCUUUGGUACCGACCCCCCGAUGUGCUUCUGGGCUCUACAGAAUACUCAACGCCCAUUGACAUGUGGGGAGUGGGCUGUAUCCUGUAUGAGAUGGCAACAGGUCGCCCAAUGUUUCCUGGUGCCACGGUGAAGGAGGAGCUACAUUUAAUUUUUAGACUCCUGGGCACUCCAACAGAAGAGACUUGGUCUGGGAUCAGCAGUAAUGAAGAAUUUAGGUCCUACCUCUUUCCUCAAUAUAGACCUCAAGCCCUCAUCAACCAUGUGCCCCGACUGGACACUGAGGGGAUUGAUUUGCUGUCUGCUCUUCUACUGUUCGACACCAGGAGCAGAAUGUCCUCUGAAGCUGCUCUCCAUCAUCCCCAUUUCCUCAGUCUGGGGGAGAACAUACACAAUUUGGCAGACACUGCAUCUGUGUUUUCUCUCAGCGAGGUGCAGCUCCAGAAGGACCCGGGUCACCGCAGCUCAGUGUUCCAGCCUUUAAGUCGUGGAAAGAAUCGAAGACAAAGCAUCUUCUAG